AAAAUGGCUUUGGGAAAUGAUUCUUCAGUGACUGAGUUCAUUCUUGCAGGCUUAACAGAUCAACCAGAUCUCCAGCUUCCCCUAUUCCUACUGUUUCUAGGGGUCUAUUUGAUCACUUUAGUGGGAAACCUGGGACUGAUCAUUUUAAUCAUGACGAAUUCUCACCUUCACACUCCUAUGUACUAUUUCCUUUUCAAUUUGUCUUUCAUUGAUUUUUGGUACUCCUCUGUCUUUACUCCCAAAAUGCUGAUGAAUUUUAUUUUAGCAAAAAAUAUCAUCUCCUAUUCAGGAUGUAUGGCUCAGCUCUUUUUCUUCUGUUUUUUUGUCAUUUCUGAAUGCUAUGUGUUGACAAUAAUGGCUUAUGAUCGUUAUGUUGCCAUCUGUAAUCCAUUGUUAUAUAAUGUUGUUAUGUCCCAUCAGGUCUGUUCAUGCCUUUUGGGUUGGGCUUAUGUAAUGGGUUUUGCUGGUGCAAUGGCUCAAACUGGAUUCAUGCUGAAAGUGUCUUUCUGUGAUGACAAUAUUAUAAAUCAUUACAUGUGUCAUGCUUCUGCCCUCCUCCCACUCUCCUGCACUAGCACCUAUAUCAAUGAGCUGGUGGUUUUAAUUGUUGUGGGUACUAAUGUCAUAGUACCAAGUGUCACCAUCUUCACCUCUUAUGUUCUCAUCCUGUCUAGUAUCCUGAACAUUAGUUCCAGUGAAGGCAGGUCCAAAGCCUUCAGUACCUGUAGCUCCCAUGUAAUGGUUGUUGCUAUUUUCUUUGGAUCAGCUUCAUUCACAUACCUAAAACCAUUUUACUCACAGACUGUUGAUCAGGGCAAAGUAUCUUCAGUCUUUUACACAAAUAUUGUGCCCAUGCUAAACCCCCUCAUUUAUAGUUUGAGGAAUAAAGAUGUUCAAAUUGCCUUAACGAACACCUUGAGAAAAAUGUUUUCCAGAACAGAAGCAGAAUUUUCAUAA